AUGUCCAAGAACCUCACUAUCGUCGUCACAGGCUCAAACCGCGGCAUCGGCCAAGGCAUAAUCCAACUCCUCGCCAAAACGCAACACACCUCACCCCUGACUAUUAUCGCAACCUCCCGCUCCGGCAGUGAUCUGGGCGUACAAGCGUCUCCACCCAACGAAGUGCGUUAUGGCAAACUCGACAUUGGAGACCAAUUGUCAAUCAAGUCCUUCUUCAGCAGCAUCAAAGAUGUCGACGUCUUGAUCAACAACGCGGGCAUAAACAACAACAACCAAGAAACACCAGAUCUUGCGGAACAAGUCAUCGACGUAAACUACCGCGGCACGCGAGACAUGUGCCAGGCCCUCCUCUCCUCAUCCCCCAGCCGCAAUGCGAGGAUCGUCAACGUAUCUUCGACCGCUUGUCAACUGAACGACUACUCCGCCCCCACCGCCUCCAAAUUCCGGUCGGUCAAAAGCAUCCAGGAUGUCGACAGCCUUGCCGACCAAUACAUUCACGCCGUCAAACAGGGCGCCGACGCACAAAAAGACGCAGGCUUCGGCAGUCCGCCCAAAAGCUACCAGGUCAGCAAAGCGCUCAUCAACGCUCUCACAGUCGUGCUGGCACGAGAGAACUCAGAUGUGGUAGUGGGUAGGCCGCCGAAAACGCUGGAGGAGGGUGCGCGGAUCCCGGUGAGGUUGGCUAUUGGUGAGCUAGGAGCUGGAGGAGAUAAGGAUAUUGGACUGGGUACCGAGAGUGCGGAGAGGAUUAGUGGGAGGUAUUUUGGUAACGAGGGGGUUACUGAUCGGGGGUGGGGACGGGUGAGGAAAUGGUAG